AUGGUGCUGGCGGUGGAGGAGAGUCAGAAAGGAGCGUUCUACAAUCAAGGCCAGUGCUGCACGGCGGCGUCACGCAUCUUUGUGGAGGAGAGCAUCUACGAGGAGUUUGUGCGUCGCAGCGUAGAAAACGUUAAGAAGAUCGUGGUGGGGGACCCUCUGGAUCCGUCCACCUCACAUGGACCUCAGAUCGACAGGAAGCAGUUCGACAAGAUCAUGGAUCUGAUCGAGAGCGGCAAGGAGGAGGGGGCGCGUCUGGAGUGCGGAGGAGGAGCGGCGAUGGGUGAGGACGGGCUCUUCAUCGCCCCCACCAUCUUCUCGGGGGUGAAAGAUCACAUGCGCAUCGCCACACAGGAGAAUUACACUCCCUCGCAGAUCUUUGGUCCGGUCCAGUGCAUACUGAGCUUCAAGAGCCAGCAGGAGGCGAUAGAGAGAGCUAACGCUUCACAGUACGGCCUGGUGGCGGCGCUAUUCACCACCAGUGUGGACCGAGCUCUGUCUGUGUCAUCCGCCCUGGAAUGCGGCACUGUCUGGGUGAACUGUUACAACGCUCUUCAUGUCCAAACGCCCUUUGGAGGCUUCAAGAUGUCAGGAAAUGGACGAGAGCUGGGAGAGUACGCUCUCGCUGAGUAUUCAGAAGUGAAGGCCAUCACCAUCAAACUCAAUGAAACUCUGUGA